UAUAGCUGAUUUUUUUCUCCCUAUAUUUUUCAAUAAUUAUAUUAUAAUACUUACUGAUUAUCACCGUCACGUCGGUUUUUGUGAAUUUUUUGCAUUAUUUUUUAUUUUAGAUUCUCCAUAGAAGACUUGGGGAAAAAUUAUUGCGGAAAUCCGACCGAUUUCCCACCGGUCAAGCGCGCAGCCGGCCGUCGUUCGUGCGCCUUUCGGAUCCGCCGAUCGCCGCCGCCGUCGCAGUCGUGGUCGCCCGGUGUCGUUGUGUCUGUUGCAGCAGCCGAUGGCGAUAAACUUUUAUGGGAAACACAAAAUGGCCGGUGUCAACGAGUGUUUUUCAAUCGGCAGCGUCGUCAUGUGCACCAACUGCUUCGACGAGGAGAUCGAAGGCGAAGUGCUCGGUUUCGAGCCCAACACGAAAAUGCUGAUUUUGAAAUGUCCAUCAACUACGAAUAAUCCAAUGUUGAACGACAUCAAUAUAGUUAACUUAGCUUUUGCCAAAGACGUGCAAGUCAAGAAGGAAUCUAAUUUCAAUCCUCCACCUUUGCCUUCAUUAAAUUUAAAUAGGUUGAAUAAUAGGGUAAAAACCCAAAUUCAAGACAAGAAACGUCAGAUAUCGGCUAUGUCUGCAAAUGUUUCUCCAGAGGCUCAAAAGCUGUAUCUGACUAUAACUAAAACGAUUCCAGAAGUAUCUUGGCAAGGACAGAAUAUUGUCGUCUACGAUCAUGUAAUAAUAAGCCCACCGUAUAAACCUGAAAACGUCAAAGGAACUGGAAAUCAAGAAGACAAAGCGAUUGUGUACAUAAAAAAUAUUGUGGAAAAACAUGUAAAAGACAAUGCAUCUGUUCAACAACUACCGGCCACACCAACAACACAUCGAAGUAAGUCGACGGCUCCAGCUUCGCAAUCUCAAUGAAGUAAUGUUCAAAAAAAAAAAAAAAUGAGAUAAAAGAGUUGAAGUGAAAUUAAUAUAUAAUUUAUUAAGUCAAAAAUUAUAACAGAGGAAGAACACCUGUGUAGAGAUGUUUAUUAUCACUAUGUCAGCAAUAUAUUCAUCGGAUAUACUUUGUUUUUCUUUAUAUAUAAAUUUUAAAAACAAAAUUAUAUUCGUUUAAAAUGUAAA